AUGUCAUUCUCUGCCCCACCCGACCUUCCUUCUCUCUUCACUGCUCUCCUUUAUGCAGUCCACGGAGUCAAGAUGAGGCUCUCCCAAUCAUGGCCAGCGCCUGCAGCAGGCAGAAUAGCAGCGACAUCAACGACUUCUUCUGCUGAGAGUGGGCUGGUGCCUCUGGUUUUCGAGCCUUUACCGCUCGGAUCAAUUCAACCCACCGGAUGGUUCAAGGACCAGAUGCAGCUUAUGGCUGACGGACUGGCUGGCCAUGAACAUGACUUCUACAACUAUGUAGCCCACUCUAGCUGGCUGGGCCGGGACAUGGAGUACUCCGAUCUCAACGAAGGCCUUCCUUACUGGUUCAACGGCAUGGUGUACCUCGCGUACGGUCUGAAUGAUGAGCGUCUGAAAGAUCAAGUCCACAGUGCCGCCGGAUACAUUCUCGACCACCAGUGGGACGACGGCUGGAUUGGACCAGAGAACAAGACAGCCAGGAACUUCUGGGGCCGCAUGCCACUGUUUCUCGGCAUGACCGGACUUGCUGAGGCGAACGCAACCUGGGAGGCGAAGAUCGUGCCGGCUUUGCACAAAUUCAAUGACUUAAUGAACACGAUGCUCAACGACAACUACACUGGCUACUGGUACCAGAAAGGCGAUGUGCUCAACGAUAACGACACUGAUUGGGGCCGCAUAUGGCACCAAGACAUGCUCAUCACUCUGCAGUGGCUAUACGAGCAUCAUCGAGGCGAUCAGGGUCAGAUGCUGCUGGAGAAUAUGAAGAUGCUUCAUGACUGUGGACUGAACUGGGAAGAUUGGUAUAACCAACAAGCGUACUUUGGUCAAGGCAUUGACAAGGAUCUCAACACGAUCAAUAGCAAUCUGACGGAUGACAACUAUGCUUACGAGCAUGGUGUCAAUGUUGCGCAAGCUCAACCGGCGCUCGGCGACAACUAUUACGCCGAUCGAGCAGAGCGCGUUGCCUUUAACGCAAUCCCAGCUAUGGCCACGCCAGACUGGUGGGGACACCAAUAUAUGGAGCAGCCCAACCAACCGGAAGCGGCCAACCUGAGCAGCAGUCCGUUCUACAACACUAAUAGCUGGGGCGCCACCUUUGGAUUGGAGCCUAAUUACCCAUGCUGCACUGUGAAUCAUCCCCAAGGCUUCCCAAAGUUCCUUGCAAACAGCUACGUGAAGGUCGGCGCCAACGGCUUAGCGCAUGCGUUGCUCAGCCCGGGCAGCGCGAGUGCAACGCUACGUGGAAACAAAGUAACAGUGAAAUGCGACACAGCAUACCCCUUCCUCGACACCCUUACCUAUACCAUUGACGCCGAAGCACCCUUCGACUUCUACGUCAGGCUUCCCGGAUGGGCGACAAUUGACGCAAGCAUCAAGGUCAAUUCAGAAGAAGUCUCGCCGAUCUUGGAUUCAGAGACUGGCAUGCAGAAGAUCAGUCUCGACAAGGGCAGCUCUACAGUCGCAUACUACCUGCCGAGCACUGUACGUACCGAGUCUCGAGAGAACAACACAGUAUCUGUCUACAAAGGCUCAGUGUUGUACGCACUCGAGGUGACCAACCACAAUACCUCUACGCCUCCCAAGCCAUACGACAAUCCUGGCUUUGGUGAUGAGUACUUCAACAAGUGCUACUAUCCUCCGCAGAGCCGCGACUGGUCCUACCAUAACACUUCAAGAUGGAACUAUGCCAUCGAUCCCGAGACUCUGCAGUAUCACAGCCCGGAUUCCAGCUCUACGUCGCUUGCAAAUCCUCUUUUCGGCGCUGGCGGGCCGCCGGGGUAUGUGACGGCGAAGGCUUGUGAGAUUGAAUGGGCGAUGGCGUUUAAUGGGAGUGUGCCUGGGUACCCGCCGAAUGGCGAAAAGAGGAAGUGUGUUGGAAAGGUUGAGAAGGUGAAGCUGGUGCCGUAUGCCAGUGCGAGGACGCAUAUAGCGGAGCUACCUGUAUUGGAUCUAGGCGGCUAA